UGGCAAAACCAGAGGACUGAGACCAGAGGAAGGUAUGGGGAAUGGAGUAGAGGGAAUCAAUUUAGAGGAGAGUUUGAGCGCUACCCCACCUCCCAGGUCCUUGGGGAAUUAGUCCUGGAAGAGAAAGCAGGUGCAUAAAGACAGUCUGAGGAUGAAUAGGGAGGUGUGUGAAGAUCCAGAAAAGAUGGAGGUAAGGUUGGGAGGAGGCUAGCAAUGACCCUGAGUUAUUACAGGCUAGAGGAAAGCAGAUGUAUGGGUGGAAUGAUAGGCGAGCUGCUAAGAGAAUGCUGUUGGUGCAGAGGCAUGGAUCUAGUUCCCUUUGCUUGCUACUCACGGGCUCUCUUUGCUCAGUCCCCAUCCUCUUCUUCACAGGGUCUCCCUUCUUUCCACCGACCAGAGAUGGAGGCAAACCAGGCAGGCAGCGGUGCCGGGGGUGGCGGGAGCAGCGGCAUCGGGGGCGAGGACGGGGUCCACUUCCAGAGUUACCCAUUUGACUUCCUGGAAUUCCUCAACCACCAGCGCUUUGAGCCCAUGGAGCUAUACGGGGAACACGCCAAGGCAGUGGCAGCCCUGCCCUGUACCCCGGGGCCCCCGCCCCAGCCCCCACCCCAGCCUCCUCCACCCCAAUAUGACUACCCACCCCAGUCCAGUUUCAAACCCAAGGCGGAGGCUCCUUCCUCAUCUUCAUCAUCAUCUUCAUCAUCAUCUUCCUCAUCUUCGUCUUCCUCAUCCUCUUCCCAAGCCAAGAAGAUGGAUCCGCCUUUGCCACCCACCUUCGGGGCACCUCCCCCUCCACUCUUUGAUGCUGCCUUCCCUGCUCCGCAAUGGGGAAUAGUCGACCUCUCUGGACACCAGCACCUGUUCGGGAACCUGAAACGUGGUGGGCCCACCCCUGGGCCUGGAGUAGCAUCAGGACUGGGCACUCCCACUGGGACCCCAGGGCCACUUACCACACCCUCGCAGACCCCGCCUGGGCCCGCAGUAGGGGCAGCCUGCGACCCAACCAAGGACGACAAGGGCUAUUUCCGAAGGCUGAAGUACCUGAUGGAGCGACGCUUCCCGUGUGGUGUUUGCCAGAAGUCCUUCAAACAGUCCUCACAUCUGGUCCAGCACAUGUUAGUGCACUCCGGGGAACGACCAUACGAAUGCGGCAUCUGUGGCCGCACCUACAACCAUGUCUCCAGUCUCAUCCGCCACCGACGCUGCCACAAGGAUGUGCCACCAACACCAACUGGAGGUACGCCACAGCCUGGGCCCGCACUCCCUUCACUGGGCCUCCCGGUAUCCACAGCCAGUGCCACAGCCAGCUCUGACCCCGCCGCAGUGUCCUCUGGCCCCUCAGCCACCCCUGCAACGCCUGCCACCUCCACUGAUGGGAACACCACCCCUGCUGCCCCACCCGGGGUGGCCAUGCCUCCCUCUGCCACUACUGGCGGUGAUGGCCCAUUUGCCUGCUCCCUCUGCUGGAAGGUCUUCAAGAAGCCUAGCCACCUCCACCAGCACCAGAUCAUCCACACGGGUGAGAAACCCUUCUCCUGCUCCGUGUGCAGCAAAAGCUUCAACCGGAGGGAGAGCCUCAAACGUCACGUGAAAACGCACUCGGCCGACUUGCUGCGCCUGCCCUGUGGCAUCUGUGGCAAGGUCUUCCGCGAUGCUUCCUACCUCCUCAAGCACCAGGCAGCCCACGCAGCGGCCGGGACUCCGCGGCCGGUGUACCCCUGCGACCUGUGCGGGAAAACAUACUCCGCACCGCAGAGCCUGCUGCGACACAAGGCUGCCCACGCACCACCUGUGGCCACGGAGCCGGCAAAGGACGGGGCUGCCUCGGUCCCACAGCCACCACCUCCCUUCCCCCCAGGUCCUUACCUCCUGCCCGCGGACCCAUCCACUACCGACGAGAAAGCCACAGCGGCCGCAGCGGCUGUGGUGUAUGGUGCGGUGCCUGUCCCACUUCUCAGCGCGCAUCCGCUGCUGCUCGGCGGUGCGGGGAAUGGUGGUGCUGGAGGCCCGGGCGCAGGCGGCCCCAGCAAGACGUUCUGCUGUGGCAUCUGUGGGCGCGCGUUUGGGCGCCGCGAGACCCUGAAGCGCCACGAGCGCAUCCACACCGGCGAGAAGCCCCACCAGUGCCCGGUGUGCGGGAAGCGUUUCCGGGAGUCCUUCCAUCUGAGCAAGCACCACGUGGUGCACACCCGAGAGCGGCCCUACAAGUGCGAGUUGUGCGGCAAGGUCUUCGGCUACCCGCAGAGCCUCACACGCCACCGCCAGGUGCAUCGGCUCCAAUUGCCCUGCGCCCUGGCCGGAGCCACAGGCCUCGCCACCGGCCAGGGGACCACUGGGGCCUGUGGACCCGGAGCUGCAGGCACUUCAGGUGGGCCGGCCGACCUGAGCUAUGCCUGCUCAGACUGCGGGGAGCACUUCCCGGAUCUCUUCCACGUCAUGAGUCACAAGGAAGCUCACAUGUCAGAGAAGCCGUAUGGCUGUGACGCCUGCGGCAAGACGUUCGGUUUCAUCGAGAACCUCAUGUGGCACAAGCUGGUUCACCAGGCUGCCCCGGAGCGCCUUCUAGCGCCAACACCCAGUGGCCCCCAGUCUUCUGAUGGCGGCAGCAGCGGCGGCGGCACCGAUGCAUCCAGCGUGCUGGACAACGGACUGGCCGGAGAGGUGGGGACGGCUGUGGCAGCGCUGGCUGGGGUGUCUGGGGGCAGCGAGGAUGCGGGUGGGGCGACGGUGGCCGGAUCGGGUGGCGGGACCAGUUCAGGCGCUGAGCGCUUCAGCUGUGCCACAUGCGGCCAAAGCUUCAAGCAUUUCCUAGGCCUGGUGACUCAUAAGUAUGUGCACCUGGUGCGCCGGACCCUUGGUUGCGGCCUCUGCGGUCAGAGCUUUGCGGGCGCGUACGAUCUGCUCCUGCACCGCCGAAGCCACCGGCAGAAACGGGGUUUCCGCUGCCCAGUGUGUGGGAAGCGCUUCUGGGAGGCGGCCCUACUGAUGCGCCACCAGCGCUGUCACACAGAGCAGCGGCCCUACCGGUGCGGCGUGUGCGGUAGAGGCUUCCUGCGCUCCUGGUACCUGCGGCAGCACCGCGUGGUGCACACGGGCGAGCGCGCCUUCAAGUGCGGCGUGUGCGCCAAGCACUUCGCGCAGUCUUCUAGCCUAGCGGAGCACCGGCGGCUGCACGCUGUGGCUCGGCCUCAGCGCUGCGGCGCCUGCGGCAAGACCUUCCGCUACCGCUCCAACCUGCUGGAGCAUCAGCGGCUGCACCUGGGCGAGCGCGCCUACCGCUGUGAGCACUGCGGCAAGGGCUUCUUCUACCUGAGCUCCGUGUUACGCCAUCAGCGAGCCCACGAGCCCCCGCGGCCCGAGCUGCGCUGUCCUGCCUGUCUCAAAGCCUUCAAGGAUCCUGGCUACUUCCGGAAGCAUCUGGCUGCCCAUCAGGGCGGCAGGCCCUUCCGCUGCUCCUCCUGCGGUGAGGGCUUCGCCAACACCUAUGGUCUGAAGAAACACCGCCUGAUGCACAAGGCUGAGGGUCUUGGGAUGCCCGGAACAGGGGGAAGCGCCUUGGCCGGAAAGGAUCCCUGACCAGGGUGUUUCAGUAUGCCACUCCAAUCAGAUACUCCCUUCUGGACUCUUCCUUUCUGGGGCUGCUGGUCAGACUCUCCCCACCCCUUCUUACUGUCACUCAUUCUAAAGACUCCCAGGUGGUCUAGCUUCCUUCCAGCCCCAUGCCCUACAAACUGAAGAUUAAAUUGCUCCAAUCCCAGGCCAUUCUGGCCCUUCCUUCUUCAUCUGUCAGACACUGGACUUGAUCCUCUGUCCAGUAGGAUCCUCUUUUGUAAACCUCAUCUGCCACCCAGCAGCAAUUCUGGCUCCAGUGAACUCUGUGGUGGAGAUGGGUUUGAACUACUCGCCCUCUCCACAUCCUCUGGGAUCUGGCUGGACAGUGGACUAUGAAGGGUUGGGAGGGCACAGGUUGAGUGAGGAUUUGCCAUGUCCCAGGCAUUAGCCUGAGUGAAACAGGGAAGUCGCCCUCUCAGGAACUGAUUUGAGACCCCGAGACUCCCUUCCAUGAUGCUCUCAGCCACCAUGGAAACACCGGAAGCCUUCUGUCUGCCAAGCCCUGACCUGGGCGCUAGGGAGACUGAUGAAUUGAUCGGACAUGACAUUCACACUCCAGUAGGCUGGGAGAGCAUACCUGAGGAACUUAACACAGUCUGCAGACUUACUGGAGACGGUCUCAUGUAGUCUAGGCUAGCUAUGGACUUGCUUUGUAGGUACAGAUAGGCUUGAUUUUCCCCCAUUUUUGAGACAUGGUCUCUCUAUGUAACCCUUGGCUCUCCUGGAAUUCUCUGUGGACUAGGCUGGUUUUGAAUUUACAGAAAUCCACCUGCCUCUCUGCCUCUCUGGUGCUGAGAUUAAAGGUGUGCACCACCAUA